GCGAGAAUGUUGUUCAGUGGUAGUGUGUAAAUGGUAGUGUAGUGCAAGUUAUUUUGCGGUGGUAGUAUAAUCACAGUUCCACAUUUAAUAUGGCUUCUGAUGACGUUGAUUAUAUGUCAGAUGACAUAUUGGUUCAAUGUGAACAACAGGACAUAAGACCGGGCUUAAUACUUAACCACAGUCAGAAAAGAUCACAUACAAAAUAUAAACAAAAAUUGGUGAAAGAUGCAGAAAAUAAGAAAAUAUUUCCAAGAAAAAGUGUGCUUGAGGAAGAAAGGAGGGACGAAGGACUAAAAGAAGCAAUUUCCAGUGACAAUAAGGGGUUUGCCCUUCUGCAGAAAAUGGGCUACAAACCAGGAUCAGCUAUUGGAAAAUCAGGUUCAGGAAUUGUGGAGCCUGUACCAAUAGCUGUGAAGACAAAUAGAGGAGGUCUUGGGAGGGAAGUAGCAUUGAAAGAAAUUAAAGAACAAAAACUGGCAAUUAAGGCAAGAUUAUUAAAACACAGGAAUCAAUUAAAUGAUAUAGAAAGUUACAGAAGUCAGAUGACAAGAAAAAUGGAAGAACGUCAGAAUGAAGCUGAUCUAAGGAAAAGUCAGAGAAUUUGUGAGCAGCUUGACAAAAGAAAGGACAUUGACAUUCCAGCAGAACCGUGGUUUUGGCCUGAUGGUUGGUCACAAGAGGAAGAAAAUGAGUCAGAUGAAGAGGAGGAGGAGGAAGAAGAAUGUGAUGGGGAUGAGGAGGAGGAGGAGGAGAGCAGUGAGGAAAUAACAUUUCAGACUCCAGAAAAACUGGAAAUAAUCACGUUGUAUCUAAGAAGAACAUAUCACUAUUGCAUCUGGUGUGGAACAGAAUUUGACGAUGAAAAAGAUAUGCAGCAGAAUUGCCCUGGAAGCACAAGGGCAGAUCAUUAGUAAUCUUAUAGUUAUGAAUAAAUAAAUAAAUAAUUAAAAAGAA